UAAAACUAUGAAUUGGCUUGGAAAAGCGUUGACUGCAAUUCUGGAUUCUGAGCGUAACACCGAUUGUAAAUUUAUCAUCAAUGAUAAGGUCUAUUUAGGCCAUAAAUUGAUCUUCUCGUGUGCGUCCGAAGUCUUUGAGCGCAUGUGCUAUGGAAACUUUACCGAGGGAACGACUGGAGAGAUUAAGCUAACAGACGUGGAGCCCGCAACUUUCGUAAUGUCCAUUAUAGAAAUUUUUAGGUGUGAACUUUUCAAAAGAGAUUAAGUCGAGAAAUAAUUCCUUAUGGGAUUGAAUUUCGGGUUUAUCAUUCAAAUUAAGGUAUUUUUCAAUAAGUUGAAAGCGGUCCAGCUCGGGAAUACA